AUGGCAUCCAGCGAUUGGUCUGAGCAUUCAGCGCUUGAAAACGGCAAACGCCGGGAGCUGGCGUCGCCAGAAGUUGCGGUGGUCGAUCGAUUCAGCCACAGGCCUUCCGGUACAUACGUGACGAUUCCUAUUUCGACCGAACCCAUGGCAGAGAAGAAUAUGAGAUCAUGGAUUCGACGGUACUGGAUCUUCGUCCUGGCGAUGGCGAUUCUCAUUGCUGGUGGCAUCAUUGCCGGAGCCGUGGGAGGGAUUACCGCUGCUCAUCAGGCAGAGCAGCGAAGCUCUACUUGA